UCUUUAGAUGACAAUCAGAACAAAACCAAUGAAAAGAAAGAGAAAAAAAUGGUUUCUCAGAAACCCCAUGGUACCAUAGAAUAUACUGCUGGAAAUCAGGACACCAUAAACAGCAUAGCAUUAAAGUUUAACAUCACCCCAAACAAGCUCGUGGAGCUCAAUAAGCUUUUCACACAGACAAUUGUGCCAGGCCAGAUUCUCUUUGUGCCAGAAACAAGCGCUGCGAGACUGUCUUCUUUCAGUCCUGGUGCACCUGUUUCUCCUUCAUCAUCAGAUGCUGAAUACGAUAAACUCCCUGAUGCUGAUUUGGCAAGAAAGGCCUUCAAACCAGUUGAAAGAGUCCUGUCCUCUACUUCAGAAGAGGAUGAGCCUGUGGUUGUCAAAUUUUUAAAAAUGAAUUGUCGUUACUUCACAGAUGGCAAGGGUGUAGUUGGAGGAGUCAUGAUAGUAACUCCAAACAAUAUCAUGUUUGACCCACAUAAGUCUGAUCCUCUGGUAAUUGAGAAUGGCUGUGAAGAAUAUGGGCUUAUCUGCCCCAUGGAGGAGGUUGUCUCAAUAGCGCUCUACAAUGACAUCUCUCACAUGAAGAUUAAAGAUGCAUUGCCAUCUGACAUACCAAAGGAUCUUUGUCCUCUGUACAGGCCAGGAGAAUGGGAAGACCUAUCCUCUGAGAAAGAUAUCAAUCCUUUCAGCAAAUUCAAAUCCCUUAGCAAGGAAAAGAGGCAGCAGAAUGGGGAUCCAUCCAUUGCUGUGGGUGCCAAACAGAUAAAGCCUUCAGAUAAGGAAAAGUCUGCUGAUUUUGAGGUUCUUCAGUCAUCUGAGAGUACAGGCUCAGUCAAGUCAAAGUCACUGGAGUUUCCGAACAACAUCACUGCCACUGAACAUUUGGAAAAGUUUGCUGUGGAUCCGUGUGCUAAGGAGCCUUCUGGGGGAAAAAAUGCUUCAGACGUCAAAACCAGAGAAAAAUCCCUUUUGGGAGAAGGAGAGGAUGACUUCACUGAGCUGGAAAAGACAUCAUCUCGUAUGGAUAGAGGGUUGGACAGGAAAAUCUCAGUAAUGGAAGGCUUGCUGGCUGACCCCAGGGAGUUGGGGAGAACUAAGCAGCAGGUAACCAAACCCACUACAGAAGUCCAGGAGCACUUGACAGUUGAUUCCUUGGAAAAAAAGGACAGUGUUGAACCUAAAGCUGACUUAGACUUAGAGCUGUGUGAAAAGCAAGAUGUUAUUCCAGAAGUAAACAAAUGUGUCAGUUCCCCGACAGGUAAGGUGGAGACUGCAUUGGACACUAAGAAAGAGCUAGAGAAAGAUAAACUUAUUGAAUUUUACCUCAAUAAAGAUGGGAAUGGGUCUCAGUCAUCUGAAGACUUACACAAGGCUGAAAUCCAGAAAGGUGAAAACAAUAAAGCAAUUGGCAUAGACCUUACACUUAGCUGUUCAAAGUCCCACGCUAAUGAAGUCCAUACAGUUAAAAGUAUGGAGCUUGAUUCCUGAAGGAAAGCACCUUCAUUAGAAAUCAGCUCAGCAGCAGCAGAGGAAAAGGAUCUGAAAGAGUCUGUGGACUCUUCAUUAGUACCAGCUAUAGACAAGACCUGUCAAGAAACACAGUUAGACAAUCAAUCAGAAAUCAGACUGUGGCUGCUGCAGAAAAUUCAAGUGCCAAUUGAAGAUAUGCUUCCUUCAAAAGAGGAGAAGAGCAAGACUCCUCCAAUGUUUCUGUGCAUUAAAGUAGGCAAGCCCAUGAGAAAGUCCUUUGCGUCUCAGAGCACCACCAUGUCUCAACAGUACAGUAAAAAAAUAAAGCAACCAGAGUACUGGUUUGCUGUUCCUCGGGAAAGGGUGGAUCACUUAUACACGUUUUUUGUUCAGUGGUCACCAGAAAUAUAUGGGAAAGAUGCCAAAGAGCAAGGUUUUGUUGUGGUAGAAAAGGAGGAGCUUGACAUGAUAGACAACUUCUUCAGUGAGCCCACUACUAAAAGCUGGGAGAUCAUUACUGUAGAAGAAGCAAAACGACGAAAGAGCGUUUGCAGUUACUAUGAAGAAGAUGACGACGAUACUUUGCCUGUCUUAAAGCAUCACAGCGCCCUCUUGGAGAAUAUGCACAUAGAGCAGCUUGCCCGAUGCUUGCCCGCACGAGUGCAGGGAUAUCCGUGGCGGCUUGCAUACAGUACACUGGAGCACGGGACUAGCCUGAAGACUCUCUACCGUAAAUCAGCAUCUCUCGACAGUCCAGUUCUCCUUGUCAUCAAGGAUAUGGACAACCAGAUAUUUGGAGCCUAUGCUACACAUCCCUUCAGGUUUAGUGACCAUUACUAUGGCACUGGUGAGACAUUCCUCUACACAUUCAGUCCAAAUUUCAAGGUAUUCAAAUGGAGUGGAGAGAACACCUACUUCAUCAACGGAGACACCAGCUCUCUGGAGCUCGGAGGUGGAGG